UGGCCUUUAUAGCCCGCCAUCUGCCAUCGGCCAUCGGGGUGAGCCCAGCCGAAGUAAAACACCUUCCUUCUAUUUCCACCAUCAGAGCUUCUCAACCAAAAUCCCCAACCCAUCAUGAUCCUCAGCGGCCGUGAAGUCCUUGCCCGCCAAUUAGUGCUCAACCUCCGACACAUCACACAACAACAACCCUGCGGCAUCGACCUUACCCUCCGCCAUGUCUCCGCCUGGACCUCUGCAGCCACCAUUGACUUCGACAAUACCAAGCGCCAGGCAUCCAAAACCUCCAUUCUGGCGUUCAACCGGACCAACAACGCCAUCACCCUCAAUCCCGGCGCUUACCUGGUCGAUUUCAACGAAACCGUCCAAAUUCCCUUGAAUUGCAUGGGAAGCGUAUUCCCCAGAUCGUCGCUCUGGCGAUCCGGGGCGGGGAUCUCGGCCGGUGUAGUGGACGCGGGGUAUGAAGGUGCCAUGGGAGCCUUGUUGGAGGUGAAGAACCCCCACGGGGUUGUGUUGUAUCGAGAUGCCAAGCUCGCGCAGAUUGUGUUUGAGUUGGGCGUAACGGUAGAGGGGCAUAAGGGGAUUUAUCAGGCUUCGAGGAGUAGUGUUGGGCGUGAUGGGGCUGCUUGAGGGUAGUACAAGUUUACAACAUAGUAAAUCGUGUUAGAAGGCAUCACGUACUACCUUUAUUGUGCAUUGACUUGAAGGCUUCCAAAUCAUUGAUAUCGACCAAUAGAAUGAAAG